AUGAGUGAACAAUCUGGGCGUAUGCCCAAACUUGAUGAAUGGCCUGCGACUAUGAGUAUGCUCGCAGCUGAUCUUGAUUUAUUGACUCUCAACGAAAAUGCAUUCCCAGAGUCACAGACUGUGACUACGACUGUCUCUGGCACUCGCAAACAUUCACCUUCUAAAAUUGCCGAUGAUUGUUCUCCUCCCAAGCAAUCAUCCUCUGAUUCUAUUUCAGGCCCCCAGGCUUCUACUCAAGUUGUUUCUACUCAAGUUCUUGCUCAGGUUCCUUCCCAGGUUUCUGUCGUCUCAUCUUAUCCUGCCUUUUCUUCGACCCCAUCCUCUUUUAUCUCAUCCCAUCACUACAGUUCAUCUUCUACUUCUACCAUCCGUCCUCCUGCAAACCAGCGUCUUAAUUUAGCACCUGGACACUAUCCUGGAGUUUCUGAAUUCGUGCCUCAAGCCUACCCUCCUCUCGGCUUUCAGCCCCAAUUCUACCAGUAUCCUUCUGAGGCCACACCUCAAGUCUACCACAAUCCUGUUGACUUUACUGAUCAGUCCCCUCCCACAUACGUCUUCGAACCCAACCCUUUUCCAUCCAACGACAACAACAUGGCUUGGCCAUUUGACCUGGGUGGGAUCCCCAAUUUAAGAGAUUUCGAGCGCUUUGAAAAUUUUUCGAUCGAAGAGCUUCUUCAGCAAGCUUCGAUUCCAUUUGCUAGCAUCGCUGAGAUGCACACACCUUCUCGCAAUGGUGUUGUGAUGAUUUCUAACAUUCCCUACACUGUGACUCGCCAGGAGGUGGCCUCGUUCCUUGGACGCAGUGCAAACCUGCUCCCAUCCUCUCAAGGAUGUCCGAUUCACAUUAUCAUGGAACGGUCCACUGGCAAGACCAUGGACUGCUAUGUUGAAUUCCCAACAAAGAAGGAUGCCGAAGACACUGUCGACCGGAUCAAUCGUGCCUAUGAUGCUGGCAGCGCUCCACGUAUGGGCAGCCGCCAUGUUGACAUAGAGCUCAGCACCCCAGCCAAGCUGCUCAAGGCUACUUUUCCUCGGGCGAAGUGCAUUUCGUGGGAUGAUGGAAGACCUGUUCAGCUUGUCAACAAAGAUAGUUGGUCUACCGGCUUCGAUGGCUUCCUUACCGACGAGGAACUGUUUUGUCUCACUCGGCACGCCGAACAACCUCACCGUAGCGCAUUUGCUAACAAGGUUCCUCAACGUUGUUAUGAAUCGUUCAUCACCACCAUCUGGAAAUUUCCGUGGCAUGCAACUCAUCUUUACACCGUUCAUCACCGCAAUGCGCUUUUCAAGACUCUUGGUACGUUGAUCAGGACUCUGGUGGAGCGUAUGCAGAAGACAAACACUGUGGGCUUGGACAUCCGCCUUCUCAACGAGUUGGUUCAUGCAGGAAUCAGUUGCCCUGGUUUCAAUCCUCGCAUGAAAUAUUGCUUUGCUUGGUGGUCAAAGGAUAAGAAAGGGAUUGAGUCAUUGGACCAUGAUUGGUGCCUUUAUUUCCCAUUUGAUACCUUGACAUAUGUGCCCGGACAGAGUUCUGCGGCUAUUCAGUUUUACGCCUACGUUAUGUCCAACGGUUCCGUUCUGCGCACCGAGAAUGACGGUUUACCCAACAAGCACACUCACCCUGAGAUUGAGCGAAUCUUCGGACGGUUCUGGUUUGAGUGGGAUGAUGACGUUGCCGGUAACAAGGUCUUCAAGGAUGCGAUUAUCUACGAAGCCAGUGUUCUUCGGAAGUUCAUAAUCACUGGAUUCCAGCAGCUUCACAGAAGAAAAUCUAGCGUAUCAACCAUUGGCACGGCCCCUGGCUCAUCCCCCACCCACAGUCACACCUCAGUUGAUAGUCAGCGCACAAUCUCGGUAGCUCAGAGUGGCUCGGUGGAUCCCAGCCCUGCUUCUCAGGAGAGCUCGACUGUUUCGGCCGCCAGCAAUAUGACUAGGAGCCUCCGUGAGCAUGGUCACAACCGAAAUGUCUCUGGUAACUCCCGUGGUAGCUCUCAGCAACUUGAUGCUGACCAAUAUCUGCUGGACACCCCCACUCAUCGGCCUCGCCCAUCGGUCCCUCCCUACAUUCCGCCGCAUCAACGAUCCGAUACAACCAAGUCCGGCAAGCAGUCUAUUAGCUGGCGUAUGCCUCAAACUCAGGAUGCACCCGCCGCUGGCUCAACUCAGAGCCAGGCUGACAUCCAGCCUGUGUACCGAGCUCCGCAUCCGACCGCGCAGAACGUUCGGUCGUCCUCUGAUCCAUUCGGCCCUGUCCCUUCGAUUGCUCCAACUGGCCAUCGCUCUCGCUCCGAUGCCACCCGUCUGUCGAACGUCGACCGCCAGGCGUUUGAUGAGCUCCGAGCUGCUGGCCGCGGUACCCGAUCGGCAAAGAAGUAA